GCGCUAGCUUCUCAGACUACCGGAGAGAGCGACCAGAUGGAAUUCCGCACUCCCUUCUUAACGGAUUCCGACACGUUUUAAAUUGUAUCGCAGGCACUUUUAGCGGACUUCCCGGCCACCAGACAGCCCUGGCGUGAACACAGGACGCUUCGCUUGGAGGCUCGGCUGCGCUGUGAACCGGCACCGGAACGGUCGGGACGUUUAAAACAACAACAACAACAACAGAAAAAGGGGCACCAGACAUCUUUUCGCUGUCUCGAGCCGUUUUAACGGGCGUCCGCCAUGCCGCUGUUCGGUAAAUCCCACAAGAGUCCCGCAGACAUCGUCAGGACCCUGAAGGAGAACCUGGCCAUUCUGGUCAAACAGGAUAAGAAGACAGACAAGGCAUCCGAGGAGGUCUCAAAAUGCCUGGUGUCUAUGAAGGAGAUCCUGUACGGGAGCAACGAUAAGGAGCCACACACGGAGACGGUGGCCCAGCUCGCACAGGAGCUGUACAACAGCGGCCUGCUGAUCACGCUGGUGGAAAACCUGCAGGUCAUAGACUUCGAGGGGAAGAAGGAUGUGUGUCAGAUCUUUAACAACAUCCUGAGGAGGCAAAUCGGGACGAGGUGCCCCACCGUUGAAUACUUCUGCUCCCACCAAGAGGUCCUCUUCGUACUGCUGAGAGGGUACGAGACCCCCCUGGUAGCGCUGAACUGCGGCAUCAUGCUGAGGGAAUGUAUUCGCCACGAGCCACUCGCCAAGAUCGUUCUUCAGUCCACACAGUUCCACAGCUUCUUCAACUAUGUGGAGAUGUCCACUUUUGACAUCGCCUCUGACGCCUUUGCUACCUUCAAGGAUCUCCUUACAAGACACAAAGUGCUUGUGGCUGAAUUCCUCGAACAGAACUACGACGUUGUGUUUGAAAACUACGAGAAGCUGCUGCUCUCUGAGAACUACGUCACGAAGCGGCAGUCACUCAAGCUGCUGGGCGAGCUCUUGUUGGACCGACACAACUUCAGCGUGAUGACGCGCUACAUCAGCAAGUCCGAGAACCUCAAGCUAAUGAUGAACCUGCUCAGAGACAAGAGCCCCAACAUCCAGUUCGAGGCCUUCCACGUGUUCAAGGUGUUUGUAGCCAACCCCAACAAGACGCAGCCCAUCGCCGACAUCCUGCUGAAGAACCAGACCAAACUAAUCGACUUCUUAAGCAACUUCCAGAAGGAUCGCUCGGACGACGAGCAGUUCAACGACGAGAAGACCUACCUUAUCAAACAGAUCAGGGAUCUGAAGAAGCCAGCCUCCUAGAACCCCCCCCCCCCCCCCCC